AUGGAAACGACCAACUAUCUCUCGCUUCCCGCUAUUGCCGAGUUUAUCAACGCCUACGAGGAUAAGCCAACCGCCGAGAAUGUCAAGAUCAUGGUGAGCGGUAUCCUUACUUACGCCUUCGAUUCGAACGAUGGCUGGGUCCUCAAAUGGCAAGAGGAUGAGGAGAACAACCAGUCAAACUGCUUCAUCGUGAGGGUUGCUGGCGAAGACAGAAGCCUGCACACCAUUGUGAAGGUUAUUCACGACAAAUCCGCUCCAAUCCAGGACGACUGGGAUCAAUCCGUUCCCCGCUUGCUCAGUGCUCCACUUCCAAAUGAACGAUGCUGGGCCAUCCUCAUCCGCGGCCUGAAAGUUCGCCUUUACGAGUACCACCGCGACCAGGAUGCCGAGCACCGUCUCGUUCCUUGCGACUUCAAGGUCAAAGACAAGACGAAGCAAACCGUCCACAUUCGCAAAAAUGCCGACGCAGUCAACAACAUUCUCACCGGCAUCCCUAAUCAGGUCCCCCAGCCACUUGAUGAGUACGAACAUGGCAGCAUGACUCCGAAUGACUCUACCACCGACGACACAGACGAGUCGAAGUUUUCCCUUCCCCCCACUCUCGAGAACACCCCUGCCUCUGGCGCGUGUGUCGAGUCAUCCUCUGAGGAUCCUCCCACUGAGGCCAGCGAGGAAAAGACUCCUACCCAAUCCGAGCCUGUCAGUGAGCCUGAGGCCGCUGCUCAGACCAAGGCAGCAACCCAGGUCGAUACCACUACUUCUCAGACCAAGCGUACUCCUGAGGUCAAUGGAACCCCGGCCAAGACCACUCCUCAGGCUGCGAUUACUCCUCAAGCCAAGGCUGCUCUCCUAGCCAAGGCUGCUGCUGGGCUUAAGAGUGGCACUCCAACCAACGUUUCUUCUCAGGUUAAGCCUGCUGCUGGAGUCAAGAGUGGUACUCAAAACAAGGCUUCUCUUCUAGCCAAGGGCGUUUCUGGAAUGAAGCCCACUCCCAAGCCAAAGCCUGCGACUGGUGUUGAGGGUCUGGGACAGACAGCCACAGAGUAG